UCGUGCAAUUUGUAAUUUUAUCGAACUUAUUUUUCUCCUAACCCUAACUCACUUUCAGAUCUCAGCCGCUCUCCCUCUUCAAUCUCAUUCUCUCACAGAUCGGUCAUUCCUUUCUCUAUGGCUAGGAAUAGGAAAUACAGCAGUGAUCGUCGUAGUGGAAGGGAUUCGAAUUAUUACAGUCGCCGCCGUGAUGAAAGUGAUUCCUCCGAUUCCGACAGGAGGAAUAGGAGUAGAAGAGAUGAGCGAGGUAGUAGUGAAGAUGAUAGGGAGAAUGUCUCUCAGGUGGAUGCGAAGGAUAGAGGUCGGUGGCGGCCAAGCGAUGAAGAAGAGAGAGAGGUCUCACGGAGAAGAACUGAUGAUGAACGUGAGACAGGUAAAAAAAUUGGUGGUCAGCUAGAAAAGGAUAAGAGUCGAAAACAUGAUAGAUUGAAGGGGAACGAAGAAGAAGCCAGGGCAAUUGAAAAGCCAAAACCUCAGGAACGUUCGACUACGGAAAGCAAUCCGACUACAUCAAAUUUUGGUAAGAGUGGAGGAGUUUACAUUCCCCCAUUUAAGUUGGCUAGGAUGUUGAAAGAAGUCGAUGAUAAAACUAGUGUUGAAUACCAGCGAUUAACCUGGGAUGCCCUCCGGAAGAGUAUAAACGGGCUUGUGAACAAGGUCAAUGCUACAAAUAUAAAAAACAUUAUUCCAGAGCUUUUCUCAGAGAAUCUGAUCAGGGGCAGGGGUUUGUUCUGCCGUUCUUGUAUGAAGUCACAAAUGGCAUCUCCAGGAUUUACAGAUGUCUUUGCUGCUUUGGUUGCUGUUGUCAACACCAAGUUCCGUGAGGUUGGUGAUCUAUUAUUGAGAAGGAUUGUAUUGCAGCUUAAACGAGCAUAUAAGCGGAAUGACAAGCCACAAUUACUAGCUGCUGUUAAGUUUAUAGCACAUCUGGUAAACCAACAAGUCGCACACGAGAUUAUCGCUUUGGAAUUGCUCACUGUGCUUCUAGAAAACCCAACUGAUGACAGCGUUGAAGUCGCUGUUGGGUUUGUGACAGAAUGUGGUUCUAUUCUCCAGGAUCUUUCACCUAAAGGAUUGCACGGUAUUUUUGAACGAUUCCGUGGAAUUCUCCAUGAAGGAGAAAUAGACAAAAGGGUUCAGUUCUUAAUUGAAGGCUUAUUUGCAGUUCGGAAAGCAAAGUUUCAGGGUUACCCGGCUGUGCGUCCAGAACUGGACCUUGUGGAGCAAGAAGAUCAGUGGACACAUGAGAUUUCUCUUGAAGAGGAGAUAGAUCCAGAAAUUACACUUGAUAUUUUCAAACCGGACCCUAAUUUCCUUGAGAGUGAAAAGCGUUAUGAAGAGUUGAAGAAAAACAUACUUGGAGAAGAGUCUGAGGAUGAAGAAGGUUCAGAUGCAGCUUCAGAUGGUGAGGAUGAUGAAGAUGAUGAUGAUGAUGAUGAAUCUGACGAAGAUGAAGAGGAGCGGAUGGAAAUAAAGGAUGAGACAGAGACGAACCUUGUAAAUCUUCGUAGGACAAUAUACUUGACAAUUAUGUCCAGUGUGGACUUUGAGGAGGCUGGUCAUAAGCUACUCAAGAUUAAACUUGAGCCUGGUCAAGAGAUGGAGCUUUGCAUCAUGCUUUUGGAAUGUUGUAGUCAAGAGAGAACCUACUUAAGAUAUUAUGGUCUUCUGGGGCAGAGGUUCUGCAUGAUUAACAAAGUGCACCAGGAAAAUUUUGAGAAAUGCUUUGUCCAGCAAUACUCUAUGAUUCAUCGGCUUGAAACAAAUAAGCUGCGUAAUGUGGCCAAGUUUUUUGCCCAUUUACUCGGUACUGAUGCUCUGCCAUGGCACGUAUUAGCUUAUAUUCGUUUAACCGAAGAGGAUACCACUUCUUCAUCUCGUAUCUUUAUCAAGAUUCUCUUCCAGGAAUUAGCUGAGCAUCUUGGCAUCCGGUUGCUAAAUGAACGGCUCUCAGACCCCUCAAUGCUUGAUUCAUACGAGUCUAUAUUUCCAAGGGAUAAUCCGAAGAACACCCGAUUUGCCAUCAACUUCUUCACAUCAAUUGGUCUCGGAGGUAUCACCGAAAACUUGAGGGAGUAUUUGAGGAACAUGCCUCGCCUUAUUAUUCAACAGAACAAUGCGGCAGAAUCCAGCGAUGAGUCAUCCGAUAGCUCUGAGUCCGACGCAUCAAGUUCUGAGUCAGAAUCAGAAUCAGAAUCUUUAGAGGAAGAAAAGAAGCAUAGAAAGCGCCGCAGGCGAUAGCGAGUGAUUUUGUAGGAUUGAGAUAGUUAGAAGUAACUUUGUAUUUGUUAUAUAUCAAAAUGUGUGUUUUGGUUUGGAAUUAUGGCGCUUCUAGAUAGGAAAAAUUCAUCUUUAUCUGUUAAUGAAUUUAAAGUAUGAUCACUAACAAGAGAAUCAUUAGUGGCAUUUUUUUUUCUUCCUUUUUAGGACACUCUGAAUGGGUGUUGUAUAAUAGCAAAAGUUUUAAGAACUUGAAAAUUUA